AGACGGGAAACAUGACAGACGCCAGUACACAAGCAGCUUUUGCGUAAACAUAGAACUGCCUGGGAAAGCAGAACAACAACUAACAAAUUGUAAAUAAUUAUUGUUCUGCAUAAACUGAAGUAACAGAACUGCAGGAGAGAUGGCAUGGAUUGUGAAUUUAUGGACGAUCAUUCUUCUGACUUUUUCUAACCGCUUCGUUUGGACAAAUGAAACCCAAUCAAAUUCUUCACCCACCCUCAGUGUGACUCCAAGCCCUUCAGCUUCAACAAAACCACUGGAUUAUUUUGAGAAGUUCAUCAGCAUUAAGCUGGGUGAGAAGAUUAAUCUGAGCUGCACAAAUCGCACAUGGAGCACAAUGCUGUUUGAUACCUGGGAGUUAAAGAACACGGACAAAACGUGCAGAAUUGCACACAGCAAUAGCGAGCCUCCUGUCAAUAAUUGUAAUGAUGGAAGAACCAUUACCAAUACAACUGAAGGAAGAUCACAGCUGUACAUACCCUCAUUUAAAUAUACAUAUGAAGGGAUUUACAUAUGUGAGACAGCUUUCCAACGUGGGAGCCACAAAAUAUUGUUUAAACUAUCUGCCAUAGUUCAACCAGAGAUAAGUGGAAGAAUUGAAUAUUCUACCACUGACAAUCAUUACGUGGCUGUGUGUAAAGCUUCCAAUGGGAAACCAAAUGCAAGCAUAUCAUGGUCAUCAGAUGAAAAUGUAACCGAAAAGGUCACUUACAACUGGAAUCGUACCUUUACAGUGGAAAGCAGGCGUAUCAUACCUUACAGUACAUCUAUGGGGAAUGUCACCUGCAUAGUCAGUCAUCCAUAUUGGAAUGAAUCACAAACUUACACUAUUCCCUACAUAAGAGGCACAGCUCAAGAGCCAAAUAAACUAAUCUACUGGAUUGUCGUUAUUGCCUGUUUAUUUUGUGUUCUAUUGAUUAUUUUUGUAACAUCUUUUGUUUGCAUAAAAAAGCACCUAGCUGACCUCAGAAAUUGUUGCAAGUCAACCAUCCCUGUAGCAACUGCACCAACCAAAACUCAGCAGGAUGUGGAAGAAGUUGAACCUUAUGCAAGCUAUGUAGAAAGGGUGAACUCCAUCUACAAUUCAUCAGCAGAGCUGUGUAACGUGUAGACAUAUUGCCAUCAUGUGGCUGAAUAACCAACUCCAUGUACUGUAAGAAGAAAAGAGUUUGACUGGAAGUCAAAGUGAGGAAAUGGAUUGUGAAAAACAAAUCAAGGAACUCAUUUGAAUCUUCACUUGCACCAAGAUUUUGUAUUCUUUUUACACUAUAAACCUGGUUUUGCAGAAGCCUGUUCCGAAGUGGCUUUGAUGACUAAGUGGCUUUCUUUUUUUUUUUUUACUUGUGCAACAGCAAUAUGCCAGGACCCUAUGGACAGGAAUAUAUACUUUCCUAUGACUCAGUCCGGAGUGAGAACGUGUUCAAUGUUUCUGUACCAGGAAUUCAUUUUAGUGUGUGCAAUUGAGCCAUUACUUGUAGAGUUCAUGACUUUACAGUUUUAAGAGCUUUCACCUUUGUGUGUAAACGUAUAUGUCUGGUACCAAUAUAUAUUGUAAACAUAUUGUGUGUAUUUAAAUGUAUCAAUUAAUAGUCAGUAUAAAAUGCCAUUUUUAAUUAGCUUGCCUGUGAAAUAACGUGCCAUAUUGUAAGCAUUGAAUGAUUGUUAUAUAGCAAAUUUACAUGCAUUCAUGUGUGCUAGAAUUUACUAAUUGAUGGAUGGAAGCAAUUAUUGGGCUAAUACUGCAGUUUUUGCAUUUGACAAAUGUAUUGUCAUUCUGUAAUGAGUUUGUUGUCUUACAAAUUCCGAUGGAUAAAGCGUUUUAUCCACCCAGGUAUUGGUUCUUUACACUCAAUUAUUUUGUAUGCACAGCAACCAGCAAUAAUACAAUUGUCACUCGUUCAGAUUAUUAAUCAUUCCUCAAUGCCUUACUCAAGGACAGUCAAUUGUAGAAGUACUGCUCCACCUAGUGGUGAAAAAAACAACUUCCCUGAAUUGACUCCUUUAUUAAUGAAAAAAGAAUCAGUGUUUAUAUAGAAAAUACUUAUUUAUUGUACACCUUCCUGCUCAGAUUGAGUGAGCUUGUAUUACUUUAGGUAUUUUUGAACUAUUUUGAGUUAUAAUUUAGCCCUGACAAUAAUGGUCAACAAGAAAGAGUGUUGAGUGGGAAAAUUAGGACGCCUUUCAUUAAAAUGGCUACCAAGCUGACCAUUUUUGUAUCUUUUGUGCUAUUAAAUAACAGUGAGCAAAUGUAUCUAAUUGAAUAUCAAUCUUAUUUAAAUCUGCGGUGUACUAAAAUAUAUGAGGCAUUAAAGUGCAUAUAAAGCUGCCCAUUAGCUUUCUGUGAUUUUUCAAAAGA